AUGCCAAAGUACUACUGUGACUACUGCAAGUCGUAUCUCACGCACGACAAGAUGUCGGUCCGGAAGUCGCAUUUGUCGGGCCGGAACCACAUCAAGUUCUACUGCUCGUACUACGAGGAAAAAGCCAAGCAGCUUGGGAUCUGGGACUCCAGCGAAAGUAAGUACCAAAUCGACCUUGAGUAUCUUACCAGCCAGGAGCCGUCGCCCGACAAUUUCGCCAGGGAAGUUGUUCGCGAGAGAGAGAAGUCGACCGUGAGACGCACGGAUGAUAUGGCCGAGGAGGUGUGUCUUCCGCCGCCGCCCAACUUGUCCAAAUUGGCGCCGCCGCCGCCGUCUGUUUUGAGGCUCACGGCAGAACACAGCCACCUGAUUUCCGUAAACAUGGCCCGGCAGGAAUACCGGUUCUAG